AUGUCGUCUGCGACGGAAGUGUUCAAGUUGCUCGUUCAUUCGGCGAAACAGGUCGUGCAGGUGGUCGCGAACGGAGAGAGGGUGGUGUGUGGUGAGGCGGCAAGUCGAGUAGCCCUUUUAGAACAGACGGAUGGCACUGGAAUCAGCAUCGUUGUCGACAGUUGUGGCAACAUCCACGAUCUCGGAACGGAUGAAGCCAUUGCUCAGAAAUAUAAAAAUGUUCAAUUUCUGAAGAAAAUCAAUGCUGAAGGAAAAUGCGUCUUACCAGGUCUCGUGGAUGCCCAUACUCAUCCCGUCUGGGCAGGAGAUCGAGUAAACGAGUUUGCCAUGAAGCUGGCAGGCGCAACGUACAUGGACGUGCACAAGGCCGGUGGAGGAAUCUAUCACACAGUGCAGAAAACGCGCUUAGCGACUGAGGAUCAGCUCCUCAGCCUCUUGUUGAACCGACUGGACAGGAUGCUGAAGAGUGGAACUACCUUGGUGGAGGCCAAGUCCGGAUACGGACUAGACGCCAUCACCGAGAUGAAGAUGCUGCGAGUCAUACAACGAGCGCGCGAAAAAACGCGGGUCGACAUCUCUUCUACCUUUUGUGGAGCCCACGCAGUGCCCAAGGGUAUGACCCCAGAAGAGGCCACGGAAUCCGUCUUGAAUGACCAACUGCCGGCACUCAAGCUCAUGAUGGACACGAACGAUAUGUCCGUGGAUAACAUUGACGUCUUCUGCGAAAAGGGCGUCUUCGAUGUCGAGCAGAGUCGACGAAUCCUGGAGACCGGGCGCAUUCUGGGCCUACAACUCAACUUCCAUGGAGAUGAGCUACAUCCCGUGGGCGCAGCAGAGUUAGAAUAUGGAGGUUAUUAG